UAUGCUGCUCUUAUGUUACCGGCUGAGGUUACUGCUGCUGCUGCUCACUGAUAUGUGGAUCUACUGACAACUUUUCUUUUGAUUGUUUUGGUGUUUUUUUUAAAUGAGCAUGUUAAGCACCGCGAGCAACAAAUGUGUCACCGUUUCAAAGUGUCUCUUUCUGAGCUAAAUUAGCGAUUUUUUGGUUAGCCGAACAGUGCCGUAGCAUUAGCAACCUCACGACACUUGUAUUGAUAUUACCACUCGGAGGAUGCAACAAAGAAAAGCUCCUAAAAGCAUUGUUUUCCACCAUGACCGAAAGACCCAACAAAGACAAACUCAAGCGAAGUUUAUCAUUGUCCAAGAGCAAGAAGAAAGGCGAUGUUAAAACUGGGGUUUCUUCCAGCACAGCUCCCAUCACCUCGUUCUUCAGUAGCCCGCAGCCGUCUAAACUGGCCUGUCCUCUGUGUGGCCAGUUGAUACCCAGAUUCAGGAUUAAUGAGCACAUUGAUUUGCAAUGUCAGAACUUUGAAAGAGGAGACAGCAGUGCCGCCUCAGCAAGUAAUAGUGUUGUGCCAAGCAUCCAGUUGUCACCAAGAAGGAAUCCCCCAAAGACCCCGGAGCUGGCUCCAAAGAAAGAAGAAGAGGUCAAAGAAAGCCAGACCAGUCCUUAUUUCAAAAAGAGUAACUUUCAGCAGGUGCCACGGGAGAUAAGAAGUAAGACUGUAGUUAGAACAAUUGACCUGGGAAGUCUGUCCUCUAAGUUAUCUAGGAAAUGUCAUAAGAUACCUGAGAAGACACAGACUGAAGAUAAAAAUGCACCGACUUAUCCUGACAAAGAGGAAGAUCCUUCAGAGGCCCUUAGCAGCUCACAGAAAGAAAAUUUUCUUGUUGAGGCUUUAGAAGACAAAAGAGACUGUAUAGCAACCAUUGACCUGACAACAACCAGUCCUGAGACCCCAGCAGCAAAUCUAUCAUGUUUAGAAAAAGCAUCUCAACCAGAGACCGUCCGAAAACUAUUUACUCCAAAGUUGCUCUCUUCUUCCAACAAACUAACAAAGAGAAAAAAAGAAACAACUUCCACUGGUAGGUUGUCCAAUUUCAAUAAAAAAGCUAAAUACGAGGGAAGCAGCAGAAAGACAGAAACAAUCUCAUCAAGUGAAGGUACAGCAGAGACGACUGAUAUAGACCAGUUUAAAGCUGAGACGCCCUCCACCACUACUUGUGACCCCCUUUUUAGUUCAGAAGAAACAAAUAAGAAAAAUUCUGCAUCGAUCAAUAGUGAUUUGCCGGCAGAGUCUGGUGCUGAGAAAACCAACAGCGACCAGGCAGUUGAGAGCUCUCCUCCACAACGACUACCCUACUACCUCCGUAAUUUCCAGACCGUCCUACAGGCCGUGCUGGAGAAUGAGGACGACAGAGAACUGUUCAACCAGGAAGAUAUGUCACUCAUACAUGCAUUUGAGAAGCUCUCAGUCAUGGGGCAGAAGCUGUAUGUGAGACUGUUUCAGAGGAAACUGAAGUGGCUCCAAGUUAAUAAACUGGAUUAUGGAGAGAUAUGCAGUGAUUUGGGACCUGUUGCUCAAGAGCUGGUUCAGGGUGGUUUUCUACAGUCAGAGAGUGACCUUCAGGACCUUGGAGAGGCUCUGGAUCUCCUGCCGGCCCCUGAACUCAAAGCUCUGGCUAAGACCUUCCAUCUGGGCAGUUCUGGGACACAGAAACAGCAGCUAGUGGACGGGCUUCUCCGUCUGAGCAAGCAGAAGUCCCUCUUCUCUCUGACCUCUGCUCAAAGCAACAUUGGGGCUGUCAUCCUGAAAAGAGCGAAGCAGCUUGCAGGUUCCUGUGUGCGUCUGCGUCGUGGUCCGCGUGCUGUCUUCUCUCGCAUCCUUCUACUCUUCUCUUUGACGGACACUAUGGAUGAGGAGGAGAUGGCAGCUGGUGGACAGAGCCAGCUGUACACCAUCCUGCUGGUCAACUCAGGACGUCUGGCUUUCCCAGACUACACAGUGCAGCGUGCAGCAAAGGUGUUUCAGGACAGAGAGGACCUCAUCAGAUAUGAAGCAUCCAUGCGAGCCCUGCAAGAAGUGGCCUCAGCUAUGCAGGCAGGCCAUUGGGACGAGGCCCUGGAGCUUUACACGGCUGCCAAAAAUGCCUGGCAGGAGUUGAGGCAAAAUCAUGACCUCAGUCACCAGGAAGAGCUGCCAGUGUUCCUGCGCAGUUUCACAACAGGAUGGGCCUACACUCGUAUCUUAUCCAGAGGAGUGGAGAUCUUACAGAGGCUACGUCAAUAUGAGGAAGCAGUCGAGGAGCUGCGGUCCUUAUUAUUGCAGUCUGUUUAUUGUCCUGACAGCCGAGGGCGGUGGUGGGACAGACUGGCGUUAAACCUUCACCAGCACCUCAAAAAACCUGAGCAAGCUAUUUGUGCUAUCAAAGACGGGCUGUUAGACCCUCUGGUGCGAACAGGACAUAAGCUAUCCCUCCAUCAGAGAGCUGUAAGGAUGAGAGAGUCUGCUAGCUGCAAGAAGUACCGUCUACAACUCAAAGACCUGCCCACUAUCCAAGUCCAAGAUGUCAGACAUGUGACCAUCCGAGGACAGCUGUUUCCUCAUGAAGGCGGCAUGGGGAAAUCUCGGUUUCUUAUUCCAGCAAACGGAGAAGGGGAAGAUAGUGCUAAUGCUACUGUAAUAUGCUCUGUGGAAGAGCUCUCUUUAGCACAUUACCACCAACAAGGUUUUGAUCAAGGGAUCCAUGGAGAGGGCUCAACAUUUUCUACGUUGUUUGCACUUCUGUUAUGGGACAUCAUUUUUAUGGAGGGUAUUCCAGAUGUUUUCCGAAAUCCAUACCAGACAUGUCCACUGGACCUUUACACUGACAGUUUCUAUGAGAACAGAGAGGAGGCAAUCGAUAGCCGUGUACAGUUACUGAGUGAAGCUUCUGUGGAGACGCUGCAUAGCAUGUUGGAGGAUGUCUGGAUCUCCCAGGAGGGUAAAGUGUGUUCAUUGGCCAACUGGGAGCGUUUCUCCUCUCUUCAACAGGCUCAGUCUCUUGUUUCAUGCCUGGGUGGAGCCUUCUUAGGAGGAAUAAUAGCACGGAUGGCAAAAGACUACAGGCACUGCCGUGGAGGUUUGCCUGACCUAGUGGUGUGGAACACCUCCAACAACAGCUACAAGCUGGUGGAGGUGAAGGGGCCCAAUGACCGGCUGUCCCAGAAGCAACAGAUCUGGCUGGAUGAGCUGCAGAAACUGGGGGCUGAUGUGGAGGUGUGUCACGUGGUGGCUACUGGAGCCAGAGGAGCUCGUCUGGAAUAAACAGAGACAUAGAAGAACUGACUGAUAAGACUGUAACACUAAUGAAUCAGAGUGUGGUAAAACAUAAUGGAAACAUCAGCUGAAAGAUUCUCAGAAGAAAUUAUUUGUGUGCUUUUUCUGAUUCUGGACAUCUGGAGACUAGAUGUUCUUGUGGCCAUCCAGCUUCUACAUAGUGGUGUAAAUCUUCAUCUUAAAAACUGCAUUUGUCUUCCAUGAGUCACAAAUUGAAUCCUAUUUUGUUACAGGGAAUGUUGUGGAAAACGCUGUGCCUUGUGAUAUUUAGCAUUAUUUAUUAUCAGGGAAACCACUGCUUCCAACAAGAAGAGGUGAAUUAUGAGAUGAAGAUCAUCACUGAGAGCUGCCAGGAUCAGAAAUAGCUUUCUUACAGAUAAUACGAGCUGAUGCAUGACAGGAAAUGAAUCCAACAACCACACAAAACUGAUUGUGUUUCCUUUUCUUUUGCAACAAUAUAUUCCCAGGGUCUUUGGUUGCCAAGCAACGAAAACUCACAUUUAGUUGGCUGCUUAUGAAUUGUAUGACAGCUCUAUGGGUUUGUUAUGCAAGUAAUUACUGUUAUGUCUAUAAAUAUGCAGUUUUGCUAUUACUUUACUAGAGGCAACUCAACUGGAAAAAAAUAGAAAUAAAACAAUAGGGCUGCACUUAA